CUAGUGAUAAAAAUUAAGUGAGAACAAGUCAACGAGAUGUUCAGAAAACAGGUUUUAGGAAGCGUCUCCAGGGCCAAGCAAGCGACCGGAUACACAGGAAGCAGCAGAAGUGUAUUUGCGCGGCUGUUGAACUACGGUAAACCACAAAACCCGGAGUACAACAAAGAGCACAGAAUGAAAAUUUUACCCAUCAAAAGAACCGGGGAAGACAUUUCCACCAUCAGAGCAAGAUUGAUUUACCAAUCCAGAAAGAGGGGGAUCUUGGAGAGCGACUUGUUGUUGUCUCGGUUUGCCAAAAAGCACCUCAACAACUUGAACAUGGAAGAGUUGAAAGAGUAUGAUGAGCUUUUAGAUGAGCCUGAUUGGGACAUCUACUACUGGGCCACUGAAAACUACAAGGUGACGCCUUUACCCGACAAGUGGAAGGACUCCAAGAUCUUGAAAAUGUUGCAACAAGAUGCUAGAAACGAAGCUGGAGAGGUGUUGAGAAUGCCCGACUUGUAAGUAUUGACGUAUUUAUAGUAUUUAUUGAUGAACUUGUAUAAAGACCCACUGAAUAGACGAUUGAGGACGCCAUAGGGGUGUGUAAAUUCCUUGUGU